AUGACCAUGUAUGGUCCUUUUUUCAAACAUGCAGAGGUCACAACAGUUGACAACACAAAGAAGGAGACCAUUUACAUCAACUUUCUGCAACAAGCAGCAGGUUUGUCAUACUCUGUGCAUGCUCUGUUGUCCAGUGAGAAGCUGUUGAACAACAAUCUGUUGAAACCAGUUUCAUUGUAUGCCUUCGACUACAUGCAUGGCCUGUGCAGCCAUGGAGUGCUAAAUGAUAUGCUCUUCUUGGUUGUUGAAAGCAUCCACCUAUCUGAGUCUGGUCUCAAGCCUUGGGACAAUCUCAAGGAUUGGAUGGAAUUGUGGUCAUUCCCCAGAGCUUACUCCAUUUCCGACAUUGAGAAAUUGUUCGAAGGCAAGGCUGUGGCAAGCAACAGAAAAGCUGGAACCUUUAAAUGCGAUGCCUCUCAACUUUUGCAGGUGUACAAGCCUGUGGAGCACUUCUUGAAAGUGAUGUAUUUAGCACACAAUAUCAUGGUGGUGCAAUGCAAGGCUUAUGUGUGCUGGACAAAAGUCCUUGAUUACUUGACCUCUUUGCCUUUCUUGUCAGACAAUUCACCUGCCAAACUUUUGAGCUUGGUGGAAAAGGCGAUGGCAGCAACAGUUGCUGGAGGCUUUGCUGAUCAAAUGAAACCAAAAUUUCAUUGGUGCCUACAUUUUGCAGACUGCCUCAGGAGAUGGUCACAAUUACCAGCCUGUUGGGCACUUGAGAGAAAGCAUAAGCAACCCAGGAAGUUUGGAAGUGUCCACUGCAAGUUGGUAACUUAUGAGAAGGGGUUGUUGAGUGCUGUUUCCAUGGAACACAUCAACACCUUGGUGACCCAACAUGAUUUGUUCAAGGCCAGUUGCCAUUUGAUCAACCCUUCUGGCCUCACCAAGAAGCUGGCAAAGAUGUUUCAAGAGCUUCAGUGCUUUGUUCCUGGCAUGGUGUACUCAAAGCGCUGCAUCUUGCAGAAUGGGGCAACUUGUUACAAAGAUGAUGUUGUAUUCAUGCAAAAGCAUCCUGGUGGCAAUGAGUUUUGGCAGUGUGGUCAAGUCAAGCAUUUCUUUGAUGCAGCAGGCUUGUUGCUGUGCCUGGUGGACAUGUUCACACUUCUUGGCCUCAGGGCUGGCACAGAAUCUAGCAAAUGGCAAGCAGGUGGUGCUUUGAAGUUGGUGGAUGUGAGAGAAGUGCUGCAGCCUGUCAUCCAUUCACAUGGAAAGGAUGGCACACUCACCUGUUUGACCCCUGCACUUUUGUCUUGCCCAGAGUGA